CAAGAGCGGCCUGCAGGUAUUUGCCCCGUUUCCCGUGUCAACAAGACCUACUAAUACUUCUGGUUCUGUGCUUCAACGCUUGGAUUCUCCAGGACUUACAUUCCUUUAUUUCCUCCUCCAACCAAAGGCCUUUCAUCAGUCAUCACCAUGGGAGCCUCUAUCUCGGUCGUCAGUAACCCCGAAACAGUCGCGAAUGCCAUUUUCACGAGCGGUGUCAGCGUCACAAGCGCAUCUUGGAACACCGGGUUCAACCAAAAUGCCGUGGGCACCUUCACCAAUGGCCCCUUGGGUGUUGCCUCUGGCGGCAUCCUGACAACAGGCGGUUCCAAGGACGCGGCAGCAUACCAAGCGUAUUCCGUCAACAUAGAGAAUGGAGCGGGCGCAUCCCAGACAUAUUGUGGAGGGGAUUCCCUUGAUGCCGCUGUCUUGUCAGUCGACAUUGAGGUCCAGCAGGGGUUCAAUGGGGUGGAAGUCGAAUUCGUUUUCGCGUCGGAGGAGUACUCAUACCAACACGCGGACCCGAUCGGGAUUUUUCUGGACGGCGAGCAGUUCGCCCUGAACCCAGACGGGAGCAGAAUAACGGCCAAAUCGUACUACCUGUCCCCCGAGCGAGCCAUCAAGAACCCGAACCAAUUUCUCAACUAUCCUUCUUGGUCCACGUACGCGGCAACUUCGAAGCCGCUGAUCAUGGGCAUUGCCGCAGCACCUGGGGCACACACCAUGGUCUUUGCCAUUUGCGACGCCGUCGACGGACAGCAUGACUCGGCGCUCUUUGUGAGGGCGAAAGGUUGCAAGGACUGUGUGGCAGACGUAAAGAUACACUAUCUCACGCAAACGACCACAGUCGCGUCGACUUUUACUUCGACCAUCGAGCCAGUCAGCUCGGCUGCCGGCACCGUCUUGAUUGGUGUGACGGUGGACCCAACGACAACAGCUACGUCUAGCGAGCCAGCGACGACGACUUCCAGCGAGCUCUUCACGACAGAGACAUCCACCGAUGCUUCGACAGCCACUUCUACCGAGUUCUCAUCAACAUCAACUGAGGACUCUACCAGAUCCACCGAUGCUUCUGCUACGUCCAGUGAAUCGUCAGCCGAGUCGCUCGCUACGACAACUGCGGCUAGCGAUAGUUCAACGGUACCAACCACGGACCCCUCAGUUUCUACAACUACGGCUACUACCGACUCUUCAAUCACAACACUGUCACAGGUCACCACCACAUCAACUAUCGACUCCACAAUGACAACCCUGACGACAUCUCGAAGAGGGCCUUGCCGCCCUGCUUAGCACGAUCUUCUAGCUUGUUAACGCAUAGAGGGCUAGGCUUCAGGUAUAGAAAGAAUAUAGAAAGAGUAUAGAAAGAAUAUCGUAUAGUAUUAUACCUUAAUAUUAAUAAGAAAUAACUUAU